AUGGCUUUAGAGACAUGUGGAAGCUGUUUGAGCUGUCUGCUGAUACCUCUUGCGCUUUGGAGUAUUGUUGUUAACAUCCUAUUAUACUUCCCUAAUGGGAAAGCUUCAUAUGCUGCCAGUUACCAGCUUCCCAACUACGUGUGGUACUUUGAAGGGAUCUGUUUCUCAGGUGUGAUGAUCCUUCUGUUGGCAGUAAUUCUGAUAGCGCUGGAGUGUAGCAUGUUCUACCGGUGCUGCCAGAGUGAGAGCUGUAACAAAACCUACAGGAGUUUCAUUUCAAUUGUGCUAGCCCUGCUUGGAGUUGCUUUCUCUGGAUACAGUUUCAUCGUGUUUACUUUGGGGUUGAUCCAUGGUCCCUUCUGCAACUCCUCAGAUGGAUGGGAUUAUAUCUUCAAAGACACUGCUGGAGGGUACCUCACAGAUUACUCGUCUUGGUCUCGGUGCACCGAACCUGCCAACGUGGUGGAGUGGAACAUCAUUUUACUGUCUGUUCUGAUAGCUCUUAGUGGACUGCAGUUGAUCAUCUGUUUUCUCAAAGUGGCUGCUGAGUUGAAACGGACACUUUGUGGGACCUACUCUGGUUUUGUCCAGGUAGCAAAAUAGCUGAGGCCGGGAUUCUCUGAAAAUAGCAAGGAAAUCUUCACUGGUUCUCCCAGAAAAAGAAAGAAAUGGCUUCUCCAACACUUACGAUGGUAGAUUUGGGUGCUGCAAAGACAAAUGAAACCCUUGUAUUAAGUCUUUGUCUCUCAGUCCUCUCUAUCUUGGAUGAAGUUGUUUAAACAUCUGUAUUUUUCUAGUUGCUUUCUAACCUGUCUGGUUGUCCCUGACAUUGACUCUUCAUUUUUUUUACCCUCCAGCUUCUUCUGACAAUAGGGACGUUUUAAUACCAUGGAACUGCUUUUUGUAUUGAAAUCACCUUUGUUUGAAUAAACUGCUGUAAAACUGCUAUAGAA